AAAACAAAAACAUGAACUGGAUGCUUCCUGAAGGUUACUAAAAUUAUUAUUAAUAACCUACGCCGUCGCUUAAUAAACAUGCCUAAUGAAUAUUAAUGAGUUAUAUGCUUAGGCUACUAAAUAAACAUGAGCUUGAAAUGUCUAUAUUAUAAUGACUAUAAAUAAGUUUAUUUAUAAACUAAAAUAAAUUAAAAAGCAAAAUAAUAUUAAUAAUAAGAAGAAACAUGUCCUACAGGAAAAUUCGUUAACAUAACGAAUCCCAUAAUACAAAACAAUAAAAAAUAUAAUGGACUGGAUGCAUCUCGAAGGUAACGAUGACGAAAUUAAUAUUCAUAACCUACGCAAUCGCUUACCAACCAUGACUUAUGAAUAUCUAUGAGCUAGGUUUUUUCUGAAUAAACAUGAGAUUGUAAUGUCUAGUAUAUUUUUUUAUAAUCAUUUUUAUAAAUUAUAAACUAAAUUAAAUUAAAUUAAUAAAGAAGUUAAAUCAUAAAAAAUGAAAAUGUUGCCGCUGUCCUACAUGUAAAUUUGUCAACAUGACAAAAAAAUAUAAAAAAUAAAUAAAUAAUCAAAAACAGAAAAUAGAAACAAUCAUGGACUGGACGCUUCGCGAAGGUUACAUUGACGAAAUUAAUACUCACAAAAUUAAGUAUAGAAAACAAAAAUAUGGAAAAAUGUUUAUUCAUAACCUACGCUGUCGCUUAAUAAACAUGACUAAUGAAUAUUAAUGAGUUAUAUGCUUAGGCUACUAUAUAAACAUGAGCUUGAAAUGUCUAUUUAUAAUGACUAUAAAUACAUUUAUUUAUAAACUAAAAUAAAUUAAAAAGCAAAAUAAUAUUAAUAAUAAGAAGAAACAUGUCCUAUAGGAAAAUUCGUUAACAUAACGAAUCCCAUAAUACAAAACAAUAAAAAAUAUAAUGGACUGGAUGCAUCUCGAAGGUAACGAUGACGAAAUUAAUAUUCAUAACCUACGCAAUCGCUUACCAACCAUGACUUAUGAAUAUCUAUGAGCUAGGUUUUCGCAAAUAUUAGCACGCCUAGAUGAAUAUUCAUGAGCUAAGCCUUUGCCGUAGUAGAGUGCAUCAUGCGGUCCCUCUCCGGAUGUGUUCAUCGCAGGCGGUAGUGAUCCAGCAGCUCAUCUUCAGCAGCCGCGGUGAGGUGUGCGAGUAGGAGCGACUGUCAGCAGCAUCAUGGCGGAGCAAAGUGACUCCCCGGCGGCCGUCCAAACCCCGCAGCCGGCGGCGCUCACCACCACCAGCACCACCAGCUGGCCCAUCGUCAAGGAGGCGUACGAGCUGCAGGAGGUGAUCGGUAGUGGAGCCACAGCAGUGGUCCAGGCAGCUCUGUGUAGCCCUCGACAGGAGCGUGUGGCCAUCAAGAGAAUCAACCUGGAAAAAUGCCAGACCAGCAUGGAUGAGCUGCUGAAAGAGAUCCAAGCCAUGAGCCAGUGUAACCAUCCAAACGUGGUCACCUACUACACUUCAUUUGUUGUAAAAGAUGAACUUUGGCUGGUCAUGAAACUCUUGAGUGGAGGAUCAGUGUUGGACAUCAUAAAGCACACUUUCAGUAAAGGAGAACAUAAAAACGGUGUCUUAGAUGAAUCCUCAAUAGCGACCAUAUUGAAGGAAGUACUGGAAGGAUUAGAUUAUCUUCAUAAAAACGGGCAGAUUCACAGGGACGUGAAAGCGGGGAAUAUUCUACUAGGAGAAGAUGGAUCAGUGCAGAUUGCAGAUUUUGGUGUAAGUGCUUUUCUGUCCACCGGUGGAGACAUCACUAGACACAAAGUGAGGAAAACGUUUGUGGGGACUCCGUGCUGGAUGGCCCCUGAGGUAAUGGAGCAGGUACGGGGUUAUGACUUCAAAGCUGACAUUUGGAGUUUUGGAAUCACCGCCAUUGAACUUGCGACAGGCUCUGCGCCGUACCACCGGUACCCUCCUAUGAAGGUUUUAAUGCUCACUCUGCAGAAUGAUCCUCCUACCCUGGAGACAGGGGUCGAGGACAAAGAGAUGGUUAAGAAAUACGGAAAAUCUUUUAGAAAACUCAUAUGCCUGUGCCUUCAGAAGGACCCGGCGAAGAGGCCCACUGCUGCAGAGCUUUUGAAGUGUAAAUUUUUUCAAAAGGCAAAGAAUCGAGAAUACUUGAUUGAAAAGCUUCUUAGUAAAGGACCAAACAUAAGCCAAAGAGCCAAGAAGGUCAGGAGGGUUCCAGGAUCGAGUGGUCACCUACACAAGACCGAGGAUGGAGACUGGGAAUGGAGUGAUGAUGAGAUGGAUGAAAUAAGUGAAGAGGGGAAGGCUGCUGUCAAUCACGGAAGAUCACGCAGGGUCAAAGACGAAAACCAGCAUGUUGAGGUGAAUGCCAACAGUCUCCCGGUAGAGGACUUGUCCAUUCAGCAUCCCCAGGUUCAACCGUUGGAGAAACCAUUGAGCGUUCAGGGAACUGUGAACAUGGUCCUGAGGUUAAGGAACUCGAGGAAGGAGCUGAAUGACAUACGGUUUGAAUUCACUCCUGGGAAAGAUACGGCUGAAGGAGUUUCUCAGGAGCUUUUUUCUGCUGGUCUGGUCAAUGGACAUGAUGUUGUAGUCGUGGCUGCUAACCUUCAGAAGAUUGUAGAAGACCCAGUUACCUAUAAAGUAUUGACCUUUAAGUUGGCGUCAGGCUGUGACAGCUCAGAAAUCCCAGAUGAGGUGAAGUUGAUCGGCUUUGCACAGUUGAGCGUCACCUGAUACACGUCUCAUUACCACAGCAGAGGAGAGGAGGAGGAUGACGGCGGCUACUAGGGUGUUUCUUUUGGAAGGAACCAAAUGCUAAAGGAACUGGCAGGAGGAGGGUUCGGUACCAUGCUGAAGACCUCUGCAAACUUUCACUUCCUGUUCCCAGCUUUUCCUUUUCCCCAAAUCACCUGCAAUCUUCCUCAAGAAUGUUUGCACCUUUACAAUCAAAAAUAGCACACUCAUUCAAAAACAAGUACUGCAAAAAUUGUUUUCUUAAUCAGUAUUUUUCUCAUGUUUUCCAGUAAAAAUAUAUCCCAAAAAAAUAUCUAAAACAUCAUUAAAAUAAUUCACUUGAGAAACUAAAUUGAAUAAGAUAUUAAAGACCCGUUUUCAGAGAAUAUAUUUUGAAUUAUAUAAUUUAUUAAAUUAUAUUAAUAAUUUUAUAAUUAUAUAAUUUAUUAUUGUUUAUUAAUUUAAGCAUAAAUCUAUUUAAAAAUGCUUAAAACAAAAAAUGGGUUAAGAAAAUUAAACUUGAUAAAUUUAAUAGCAACCAUUUAUUAUAUAAUAUACUUUAUUAAUAAAUAAUAAGAAAAACAUUAAAUGAAAACAUUAAAACAAUAAUACAUUAUUUUAGCAUUAUUAAUAUUAUAUAACAUGUAUUGCACCUUUAUAUAAUUAUUACAAUUAUUAUAAUAUAAUUAAUUGCAUAUUAUUAAAGGUUUAUUACUAUGCAUAUCAUUUUUUUCUAAAUUUUUCUUUGAAUAUUUUUACAGGAAAAAACAAAAAAAUAUGGAUUAAGAUAAUUAUUUGUUUUUUUGCAGGACACACAUACACAUCUGCCCUCUUCCCCAAAAAACUCUACUUGCAAUGCCCUUCACCAAAACAUUCCAUCACCCAUUUCCCAAAACUCAAAGCAGGAUCCCCUCAUCUCAGGAGGCAAUAGCUAGUGAAACAAAAAAAAAAUUUUUUUUUUUUUAUUAUUAUUUGUAUUAUGAUUGUUAUUGUGUUACGUCUGCUUUUGACAAAAGCUCUUACAGAGUAUUAUUAUUAUUAUUAUUAUUAUUGAAAAAAUGACUUCUCUGAAUUCUCCUGUAUGUAUGUGGAAAGAGUAGCUUCUCUUGUGCGCAAAUUGUAAAACUGAAGCGGAGAGGCGUCCUCCCUCUGAAUGUAAAAAGCAUUUUCAUUAUGAAUGUUAUGUUAAAACAUUUGAACUGCACUAUUGUACAUAGAGAAAUUCUGAUGUACAAUGAAAACAAGGGAAUCUUUUUUUUUUUCUUCAGCUUAAAGGAUCAGUUCAUUCAAAAAUGAAAAGACUGUCUUAUUUACUCACCCUCACGUUGUUCCAAACCUGUAUGACUGACUGUCUUCCGUGGAACAAAAAAAGACAAAAUUUUGAACAAUUCUACUUGUUUCUCUUUUCCACGCAAUUACAAAAGUAUGAGGACUUGGGCUUUCAGGCUUCAAAAAAGAUGUAAGAGCAUGAUAAAAGUAUCAUAAACAUUGUAUAAACAAUUGUGCACUAUAUAAGUCUUCUGAUAGUUUUGUUUGAGAAACAGACCAAAAUUUAAAUAGUUAUUCACUAAUAAUAAACAAUUUCUAUUAAGAAUAUAGUGCAUAUGGAUUAUUUUUAUGGCGUUUUUUUUUUUUGUUUUUUUUUUUUGGGAGAUUGGCAGCCCCAGUCCUCGUUUACUUUCAUUAUAUGGAAAAGAGUGGCUAGGAUAUUAUAAUAUUAUUUUUUUUUAUAAUCACUCUUUUGUGUUCCACGGAAGCAAAAACGUCAUAUGGGUUUGGAACAACAUGAAGGUGAGUAAACGAUAACUGAAUUUUCAUUUUUGGGUGAACUAUUCCUUUAAAAGACUAUGACAUGAAAGAACAUGAAUGCUGCCGUGUGCAAAUAUACUGCAUUAUUUUUGGGACAGUGUUGAUGCUUUAUUGAUAGAGGUGCCUUGAUUUUUUAAAUCCGUGCCUAAGAAAUGUAGGUAACAAGCUUGAAGCGGUUUAAAGCCGAAUCUGUUUUAUGUUCUGCUGAUAUUGAGCAGUAAAAAGGCUGCUUUUUAAAAGAUGUACAAUUCGUUGAUAGUAUUUUCACUGAUCAGUGGCUUGCAUUGAAGUAAACAGCUUUGAUUUCAUGCAGUGCAACAUACGUGCACCUGCGUCGCCAACGCUUUGACCCAGAGGAACCAUCCAGAUUUAACCCGUUAAAGCUUUGUCAUGUGACAAAGAGGUCAUAACCACCACAACACAUACUUUAAUCCUGAUGUAUCGUAUUUAAAAUGCCUAUUGAUGAUUAUGCGUCAUUUUACAGCACUUGAAUGUGUUUGGUUUUGAACCAUCUGUCUCUGACACAGCUAAAGAUGUAUGAAGUAUUUUGUAAAGGAAACCAAAUGUACUACUGAAUGACAGAAAAGCCAUCUGUGUGUCCAAAACAAAUAUAGUAGCUCGAUUAUGUUCUCAACCCAAAUGUACAUAAUGUUAACUAGAAUUAAAUACGUUAUUAUUAUGA